UUAAAGAAAAAAUCCAGUCAUUUCAAUUGUUCGUCAAAUUGCACAACUCACUCGCCGUGAUGACUUUCAGUUAUUCCGUUUGUUGACAAACUAGUUCCUCACCAUUCGCCGGAAUACCUUCUGUCCGCCGCGACCAAUUCACCGGCCUCCGCUUUACUGAUCAAGCUGUGUAUACAAUAGACCAUGAUUACAGCGCAGAGAAGCUCGUCAGGGUCUUCACUCAGCCCUAGAUCUCCAUCAUCACAGCCUUAUUUAUCAGUAUCAGUUACUGAUCCUGUUAAGUUAGGCAAUGGCGUCCAAUCUUACAUCUCCUAUCGCGUUAUUACCAAGACCAACUUUCCUGAUUACCAAGGACCUGAGAAGAUUGUAAUUCGGCGUUACAGUGAUUUCAUUUGGUUACAUGAUCGUCUUUUUGAAAAAUAUAAAGGUGUCUUUAUUCCUCCUCUUCCGGAGAAAAGUACUGUAGAAAAGUUUCGUUUCAGUGCUGAAUUUAUAGAGUUGAGGCGCCAAGCACUGGAUAUAUUCGUCAACAGGAUAGCCUCUCAUAAUGAGCUUCAGCAAAGUGAGGAUCUGAGAACCUUUUUACAGGCAGAUGAAGAGACCAUGGAGAGAUUAAGGGCUUAUGAGACUGGUAUUUUUACGAAGAAGCCAACGGAUUUUAUGCAAAUUUUCAAGGAUGUGCAAACUAAAGUGAGCGAUGUCAUUCUUGGGAAGGAAAAACCUGUUGAAGAAUCAAAUCCUGAGUAUGAAAAGUUGAAACAUUACAUCUUUGAGCUUGAAAACCACUUGGCUGAAGCUCAGAAGCAUGCAUAUCGUCUUGUAAAGAGGCACAGAGAAAUGGGACAGUCUCUAUCAGAUUUUGGAAAGGCAGCCAAGCUUCUUGGUGCUUGUGAAGGAGAGUCCCUUGGGAAGGCAUUUUCUGACCUAGGGACAAAAUCAGAGACAUUAUCUGCUAGGCUGCAAAAGGAGGCCCAUCAACUUUUAAUGAAUUUUGAAGAACCGUUGAAAGAUUAUGUUCGUGCUGUGCAAUCCAUUAAGGCCACCAUAGUUGAGAGGGCCAAUGCCUUCAGGCAUCAGUGUGAAUUGGCAGAAACAAUCAAGUUGAAGGAGAUAAAUCUUGACAAGCUCAUGUUAACACGUUCCGACAAAGUGGGAGAGGCUGAGAUUGAAUAUAAUGAGUUGAAGACAGAGGGCGAGGAAGCAACAAGAAGCUUCGAGACCAUGGUACGAAUGAUGAACGAAGAGAUAGUGCGUUUUCAAGACCAGAAGACACUGGAUAUCGGAGUUGCUUUCCACGAAUUUGCAAAAGGACAGGCUCGUUUGGCAAAUAGCAUGGCCGAUGCAUGGCGAAGUCUGCUUCCCAAGCUUGAAGCUUGUUCGUCUUAAAACUAUGUGAUGACAAGAAGUGAAGAAGAUUGUAACAUUGCUUUGUAAAAACUUUUUUUUCGAGAGUUUGUAGGAUUUAGUUCACCACGCUGGUGUUGUAUGCUUUGUGCAAUUCACCUUUUCCUGUACAAAUUUGAAGCUAAUUGAAAAGGCUGAGAUACUUGCAUUA